CCGAUCAAAGCUGUCCUUUUUAGUCUCGGCCGUUUCGGCUUCACCACUCGACGCCGUCUCCGAGUGAUCUCCUUCCUUCCGCCCGCCAUGGCCGCCGCCCGCGCCUCCUCUAGUUUCCUCCUCCUGCCACUACUGCUCUGCUCGCACCUGACGAUCGCCCUCGCCUCGCCGGCGGGGGAGCUCCUGGGCGAGGCGCGCGCGCCGGGGUUCGCCGCGUGGCUGCGCGGCGUGCGCCGGCGCAUCCACCAGCGGCCCGAGCUGGCCUUCCAGGAGUACCGCACCAGCGAGCUCGUGCGCGCCGAGCUCGACGCGAUCGGCGUCCCGUACAGGUGGCCCGUCGCCCAGACGGGGGUCGUGGCGACCAUCGUGGGCGGCGGCGGCGGCGGCGUGCCCGUCGUCGCGCUCCGGGCCGACAUGGACGCGCUCCCCUUGCAGGAAUUGGUAGAUUGGGAAUACAAGAGCCAGGAAAGUGGGAAAAUGCAUGCUUGUGGACACGAUGCGCACACAACAAUGCUGCUAGGAGCUGCUAAGCUACUUCAAGAUCGGAAGGGUGACUUGAAGGGUACUGUAAAACUUGUAUUCCAGCCAGCAGAGGAGGGCUAUGGCGGGGCCUAUUACAUCUUACAAGAAGGCUGUCUUGAUGACGUGUCAGCCAUAUUUGGCUUGCAUGUCAGCCCAGACCUUCCAUUAGGUUCCGUUUCAUCCAGGCCAGGACCCUUCUCUGCUACAUCAGCUCGAUUCAUAGCAAUCAUGAAUGGAAAAGGUGGACAUGCUGCAGUACCCCAGCAGUCCAUCGAUCCUAUUGUAGCUGCAUCCACUGCCAUCCUCAGUCUUCAACAAAUUGUCUCCCGGGAGAUUGAUCCACUCCAGAGUGCAGUGCUAUCUAUCACUUUUCUGAAAGGAGGAGAAGCUUUCAAUGUUAUUCCGGAGUCUGUGACAUUUGGUGGCACCUUGAGGAGCCUGUCAAAUGAAGGUUUAUCAUAUCUCAAGAAGAGGAUCAGAGAGAUUGUAGAAGGACAGGCAGCGGCACAUCACUGUACUGCCUCUGUGGACUUCAUGGAGGACAAGAUGAGGCCAUAUCCUGUUGUGAUCAAUGAUGAAGGGAUGUAUGGUCAUGCUAAGGCGGUGGCUGAGAGAUUUCUUGGUGAAAAGAACGUCAAGGUUUCUCCCCUGGUAAUGGGUGCCGAGGAUUUUGGGUUCUAUGCUCAGAGAAUGGCGGGCGCCUUCUUCAACAUUGGAAUCCGCAACGAGAGCACGAAAUCAGCAGUCCAUAAUCUUCACUCCCCGUACUUUGAGAUUGAUGAGGAUGUGCUUCCCGUGGGAUCUGCAUUCCAUGCUGCCGUGGCAAUUGAAUACUUGAAGAAGCAUGAAUCAACAUGAAACAGAAUAGGAAAAGGGAUAUAGGAGCUAUGAAUCCUCUUCAUUCAUGCAGGUUCGUCAAGAAUAUUGGACUUGUUGAAGACCCACCAUUUUAGAAAAUGUAAAUAAAACUUCAUUGAGGAAGAAAAAUUGGUUGCAAACAAAUUUGGGCAGUAGCAUGUUGUUGAAUUAUCUUGUACAUCAGAAUGACCAUUACUCAGAGUUUUGGCACAGAGAAGGAGCUAGCUGUAAAAUAACAGAACCAACCCACUAUAU